AUGUCGACAACCUUCCAGAUCGUUACAGAAGGACGUGUUUACGUCUUCAGCAGACGGGAGUUGAAGUUUGAGGUCACUAUAGAGAAAGCGCAUAAACUUCUCCGGGGGACAUCGAAGGCUGAAAAGUGGCUCUUACGAGACGACGUUGUGAAACCUUUCGGUGAUAGACGCCAGAAUCUGAGAUUUGUCUGUACAUUUAACUUGGAUCAGGACCUUCUCUCCUACUCGGACGAGACUGGCCAUAUCCAACUUCCCUUGGCUCGUCUACGCGAGCUUGACUCUGAUCCUUUGCAACGAUCCGAAUUCACUCCCUUUGAAAUAGUGUCUCCUCCCAAACUGGACCUCGCUGAGUUUCCCCCGCCGUACCAGAAACCUUCAACGCCUAUACGCGAACGCUGUCUUGCCUUGUCUUCACGUGUUCUUUUAGACUUCGCAGACCAAUGGCGCCACAUACUCCGAUCCUCCUAUGCAGAAUCUACCUUUCGGAGACUCGCAAAGGCGAUUGUCAGUAUAGCAACAAACGAUUUUCGGGUCGAUGAGGUUUUCACGAAGCAGCACAUCGACUUUAGAAGUUUCUACAUCACCGUUCUCGAUGUACCGUCUUGGGAACCCUACGAGCGCCACCUGUUCAGUAUUGGAGGCACCACGGUCGUUCUCCAUCAAGACCUUCAGACUGCACUGAAGAUUGCGAAGGAUGAGGCAAGGGAGAGCAGGAAGGUCAUGAAUCCGAGUGAUGGCACCGAGCAGCGUACGUACUUACUUUUGUCGGUACGACAUAUGCUGGUCUGCCACGUCGAUUCCACUGGAACUUUCUCAUACACAGCCCCAACAACUCUCAUGGACGGCCUCACUCUACCUUCCCCUUCCGCUAUAAAUCUUCUCCUUCAAGCCCUCUCACCAUCUCGGCCUCCGGCCCACACACCUGUUCAUAGCCUCCCUUUGGAAAUUCAAGACCGAAUCUUGGAACGCGUUUCAGAAGGCCUGGUCGAAGCUGCAAGGCUCGGAUGCGUUUUGGGUCUAGGUUCCCCGUUUACAUGGAUGAGGGCUGUUGAUUGGCCGAGGCGAGGUGGCCCCGUUGAACUUUUUAUCUCUCCUUCGCAUCGCAAUGAAUACUCGCCUGUUGAGUCGAAGAUUUGCUUUGGGGAUGUGUUUAGCGGGGUGUCGUAUCGGUGA